AUGGCUUCCGCAGCAGUUCUCAGCAACAUGGCCAUCCCUGGUCUUCACCAACCGCCUACAAUGGAUGAUAUGACCAAGUCUGGAGACAUCUACAAUACUCUCCCCGACGAUGCCGACCAACCUCAAGUGGCUGAGGUGUUUAUUUCAGGACUCAAGGCACUCAUCAAAGAGUUCAACGUCCAAAACAAGUUUGGCUUGCAUUUGGUCCAUGGUCACACCCGCCCAAUGAAGACUAACAAGCUUAACCACAAAGCCCUGCAUGGCUAUGUUUUCGUGCUGGAUGCCGACGGCGAGUUCCACCCCUACGAAUUCCGCCAAGGCCCACCACCGCCGAUGACCACCAACGACAAUGCCUUCAUCGUCGCUGUGCAGAACUACCUUAAGCUCAACGGUCUGGCGGGCAUCAUCGGUGUCGAGCUCCUCGACCAGGACUCACUCGGUAAGAACAUGAAGGAUUUCGUCCUCUCUAACACGGACGGCACCGUCAUGUUGCCUGCUGAUAACGUCAACCCCACGGAGAUAUAUCGAACCACAGGGUGGAAUGCGGUAGAAGGAAUCACCGACCUCAAGGGCAAUGAGUCGUCCCACGCGAAGACAGCCAAGGGAACUCACCAGGUCUUCACCGACGGAAAGGCAUUGCCGGACAUAGAAGAUGACCUUGAUGCCGAGGAGGUGAUCAUCGAAGCGCUGCGAGAGGCCGGCGCAAGGCGUUCAUGGGUCUUUGGCCUCCUCAAAGGCCGCGACAAGGACGAGAUGAAAGAGGCUACAGCCACAUGCUGGUCAGACGCGAUCAUAUCGCAUUGA